GGAUAGGUUUCAGAAUAAGGGCUUUGUGGUUUCUGUGUAACCUUUUAUUCAUUUAAAGUGUAUAUAAUGCUUUAAAAUUAAUAUAUAUCAUUAGUAACGACCAAAAUAAAUUAAUAAAGCAGGGGAGAAAAUAAUAUUAUUUAUUUAUUAUUUUAUUGUCAAGCACAAAACUAUCGAUAAAUCACAGCUUCCAGAUCCCGGAAAAAGGCAGCCUCGCCCCAGGGCUAAUCUCGCAUGAAGUCACGUGUGGAACCGCGGUUAUCUGGGCCAUUUCCGUUCAUCUGACUCCGUGCUUGUUUACUCACUAAAAUUGGAUAUUGCUGAUGGAAUCUUACAACAAUAACGAUGUGAAAGUGCUGAGUUGUGUUUGGAUGUUCAAAUCCAUAUACAACAGGACAUUCAGUUCACGAAUUUCUGAGAAAUGACACUAAUCUAAAGUGACAGUGGGUGAGGUUUGUGCAAACGAAGCGGGCAGAUUUCGUGUCGAUUUCCUACUAAUAAUAAAUCUGAUUCAUCAAGCGUUCAUCACCACCAGAACGACCACAUGGGAAUUAUUGGAGCAAAAAAGAAUCCCAUUUAUUUAAUAAAUGACAUUUGAUCAGAAAUUUGGAAAGUUCGUCGAUUCCCCUAUUCUCACCCAGUUCAUAUUUUCUUUCAGUCAGGGGCGUGUUUAGCCUAUUUUUGGGGGUGCUCAAGCACCCCCAAAAACGAGCUCAGCACCCCCUAGCUCAGCACCCUCAAAAACACUGCUUUUGGACGUAAUUUUCAGAAAUAAGUGCCCUUGCGCACUGCGCAAUGAAUGUGUGCGCGGGCGUGUGUGUGUUCUUGAAUUCACCUGUUAUGUGAUAGUUCUAUGACCAGUAAAAUACCUCUCCUCCUUGCGUCCCCUCUGAUUGGGUUGCCUGUCCGCGCAAGUGCUUGCUACGACAUGGUGUUUUUUUUUAACUGGAUUCCACGCCGAUGAGGAACUCGACGUAGCACCUGAGUAUUACUGGCAUAGCGAGAUGUGAAGGGGGACGAGCAGACAGACAGCGAUCCAGAGAAGAGUUUUGCAGACACAGGAAUGGGGAGAACCUGCAACAGUGCUCUUGCCGAAUCCACUCGCAUGGAUACAGAUAAAGCUUCUAUAUACAGGCAUCCGCUCUUUCCUCUCCUCACCCUUCUGUUUGAGAAGUGCGAGCAGUCUACUCAGAGCUCAGAGUGUGUCACGUCGGCGAGCUUUGAUAUCGAUAUCCAGAAUUUUGUACGCAACCAAGAGAAAGAGGACAAAGCUUUCUUCAGUGAAGAUACUGAGCUCGACAGCCUGAUGGUGAAGGCCAUUCAGGUUCUCAGGAUUCACCUGCUUGAGCUGGAGAAGGUCAGCGACCUGUGUAAAGACUUCUGUAGCCGCUACAUCUCCUGCCUCAGGAGCAAGAUGAACAGCGAGACACUGCUGAGUGGAGAAACAGACGGUCUCUACUCUCCCCUGCACACUCAGGAUACCCAGGGCAUUGUGGUUCCUGCCUCACCUAUGCAACAAGGCAAUUUAUCAGCAGUCAGUCAGUCACAAAUGGUUUCAGGUGGUGCAGUGUAUCAGCCGGUCACAGUAGUCACACCCCAAGGCCAUGUCAUGGCUCAGGCCAUCUCACCGAGCAAGAUACACAUUCAGAACUCCCAGCAUUUACAGCUGCAGAUGAAUCAGGAUUUUGGUUUCUUCAGUAACGAAGACACUUCAUCCAAAAACAAGCGCGGUGUUCUCCCCAAACAAGCCACUAACGUCAUGCGCUCAUGGCUCUUCCAGCACAUCGCUCACCCUUAUCCUACUGAAGAUGAGAAGAAACAGAUUGCUCAUCAAACCAACCUCACUCUGCUACAGGUCAACAACUGGUUCAUUAACGCACGGAGGCGGAUCCUGCAACCGAUGUUAGACGCCAGUUCCACAGAGAUUCCCAAAACCAAGAAGAAGACACCACAGGCCCGCCCUCUACAGCGCUUCUGGCCCGAUUCAAUCGCUUCCUCAGCGUCCCAGCACCAAUUCAGCAUUGAAGACGUUAAUUUAGUUACGGUUGGGAUGAGCAUGGAUGGCUAUCAAACUCUUUCCUCAGAUGGAGCUACGCUCGCCAUGCAGCAAGUCAUGAUGGGUAAUCACAGUGAGGAUGAAACAGAUGGCAGCGAGGAUGAAGGCGAUACACACCUGUCCUCAGCUAACAUGACUGAUCUGGGUCUCAGUGCUAGUAACUGACACUCUCUCUCUCUCUCUCUCUCUCUCUCUCUCUCACACACACACCCCCCACACUCUCUCACACUCAUACGCUCAAAAGACUUGACAUGGUGCUGACUUUGGCAAUGCUGAUACUCCUGCACUACAGAAGGGAUUAAAAAAAAAAAUCAUGUGUACACACACACAGCAUUACAUUACAGACAAGUGUGUUAAUUUAUGAGAGCUUUUUUACUGCAUAGAUGUCUAGGUGAGUGCACUUUUUUUUUUUUUUGAUGAGCUCCAAAACAGAAAAAAGGAAACAGAAAAAUGUUUGAAUGUCCCCAAGUUUUUGAAACUCUUGUUAUUUAGAAUUUGUUAUACAAUUUGCAUUUCUAUGAUAACUCCUAUAGAUGGAUGCCAAAAUUUUGCGAGUUUGUGCAUGUGAUGGUGUGAUUGUGACUUUUUUUUUCCUCCCUGCAUGCUGGUGUUUCUCUGCUGUCCUCAUUCUCUCUCACAACCAUGCAAUGAGAGCAAAAAUGAGAGAUGCUUAUUUUUAUAUAUUAAGAACAAAAUGUUUUAUUUCUUUUUUUCUUGUUUUGUUUUAUGUUUUAUAAGGAGUAUUUAUGUAAAAAAAAAAAAAACAUGCUAGUUAGUCGCCCAGUUUUCAGGGCUUUGUAAUAUUUUAUAAGAAAACGGAAAAAAAUUACAGAAUUAAAAAGUUUUGCAUUACUUAAGUUAGCUCGAAAAUUAUGCCUUACAUUGUUCUUUUGUAAAAUGAAACUGAAGCACAUGCGUUGUUGAGUAACUGAUGUGUGGCUCCAUCUGUUUCAGCUGUGUUCGCUGUAAAGAUGGGAAUUAUGUUAUACUCAGUAAAAGUAGUUAAGAUCAAGCCUCAAGCUACAUUUAGAUGUCUGGUUCCCAAUUUUGCUGCACUGUAUAUUUUUACCCUCUGUAUAAAAAGCUCAUCGGCUAAUUAAUAAAACUGCAAUAUGCUGAGAGAACAAAAGACAUGCAGGGCACGCAGUAGCCUGGAAGGACAUAGAGAACUGCUGAUCUAGAUUUCAUGGGUUUACAGAUGAAAUUGGGAAACUGAAAUUCAGUUUAUAAAACUGUCUCAAAAUGUUACAGAUAAGCAUUAAAAACAUGAGUGUGUUCAACAAA